AUUUAAUUCAGUGCACAAAUGAGAUGAAUGUGAAUAUUCCACAAUUAGCAGAUACGCUUUUUGAGAGGACGGCAAACAGUAGCUGGGUAGUAGUGUUCAAAGCUCUAAUUACAACGCACCACCUCAUGAUGUAUGGAAAUGAGCGCUUUAUUCAAUACUUGGCAUCUCGAAAUACAUUAUUUAAUCUCAACAAUUAUCUGGAUAAAAGUGCCAUGCAGGGCUAUGAUAUGUCUACCUUCAUCAGACGAUAUAGCAGAUACUUGAAUGAAAAAGCACUUUCUUAUAGACUUGUAGCCGUUGAUUUCACCAAAAUGAAAAGAGGGAUUGAUGGUGUGAUGAGGACAAUGAAUACUGAAAAACUUUUGAAAACCCUGCCAAUUAUUCAGAAUCAGCUGGAUGCACUUCUUGAUUUUGAUGCAAACCCAAAUGAACUAACCAAUGGAGUAAUCAAUGCUGCCUUCAUGCUCCUCUUUAAAGAUUCCAUUAGGCUUUUUGCAGCCUAUAAUGAGGGGAUCAUUAACCUAUUAGAAAAAUAUUUUGAUAUGAAGAAGAACCAGUGCAAAGAAGGUCUGGAUAUUUACAAAAAGUUUUUAGCCAGAAUGACCAAACUAUCAGAAUUCCUCAAAGUGGCAGAGCAAGUUGGAAUUGAUCAGGGUGACAUUCCAGAUCUUACUCAGGCUCCCAGCAGUCUGCUCGAAGCCCUGGAGCAACAUCUGGCUUCUUUGGAAGGAAAGAAGACCAAGGAAGUUUCAGCUGCCAGCAGAGCAAGUACUCUCUCCAGUGCCGUUUCCACCCUGGCCAAUACAGGAAUGUCCUUCAGUAAAAUGGAUGAAAGAGAGAAACAGCAGGCUCUGGAGGAGGAGCAAGCUAGACUGCAGGCUCUAAAGGAACAGCGAUUGAGAGAGAUUUCUGUGGUUUCCAAUUCGACUUCGACUUCUGCUUCUCCAAGCACUUUAUCAGGAAAGAGUGUGAACACCAAUCCUGCUGUUGACCUCUUUGCAGCCCCCGCCCCAACUACCAAUAGCAUGCCCAACCUUUCUACCGAUCUCUUUGAUCUUCAACCUGCAUUUGUUCCUACGGUACAAAGUACUCCAGCCAUAGCAACGUCAGCAAGCAGUGCCUGGGGAGGACAUUUCUCAUCCACAAAUGGUUGUGUUGGGUCUCCACCCCAUCUGGAUGUCUUUGAUAUGAAACCGGUUGAAGAAGCUGUAAAAAGUUCAACUCCUUUUGUGAGCUCCACCUUUGGCUCCAAACAAACAGUGGAACUAUUUAGUGGCUACCCUCUUCAUUCCGCAUCGCAGAAAACAACCUCUUCAACAAUCAAUGUGGACUUCGAUGCUGUAUUUGGUGGAAAAUCGACUAUAAAUGAUUUUGGAACUACAGCAGAUGAUGUAUUACAACCAACAGUAGCUGCACAAAAUCAGAGAGGAAAUGUAAUUGGGCAACAAAGUGGAAGGAUUUUGGCCAAUGACCUUGACUCAUCACUUGCUAAUCUAGUAGGAAAUCUUGGAUUUGGAGGGACACCACCCAAAAAAUCUGAUAUGCAGUGGAAUCAGCCUACAGAGAAGAAACUGACUGGGGGUAACAACUGGCAAGCAAAAACAAGCACCUCAACUACGUGGAAUACUGUUCCUGUACCUCCAGCUCCACAGAUGGUACCUGCUCCAGUAACCUACCCAGUAAAUACACCUCAAGUGCCUGUGUAUGGAAUGGUACCUACUCAGAUUGGAACUGCCCCUAUUAUGACUCCUCAGCCCAUGAUUUAUACCCAGACUGGUCUAAGGCCAAACAAUCCUUUUGCACCUAUCUCUGGAACACAGAUUCAGUUUAUGUAGACCUGCCAAAACAACAAGACUCUUUUGACAAGCAAAUUGGUACAGAGAAGAUGAAACUUUCAGACUGCAGCCUUUGCCAGAGCUCAUACUUGCUCCGCGUAUACUAUAAAAUUACUUUUAAUUGCUGUGCUUUAGAGAUUCUUUUUAUAACAGUCCCUAUGGUCUGAAAUCAUGUGUGGGUUUGGAUGGGGUUAAGACUGUUUUCCACGAUACAUUUAAGUGUUUUGAAGCUAAAGGUCAUCCAGGUUCAAAAAGAAUAUCCUACUUUUUUGUUGCUUUUAAAGACAAGCUUACUUAGGAAUCCUUGGAAGGAUUUGUUUUUUUUUAAUUUUGAGCCUGUAGUAAGCAAGUGGACAGCCUCAAACUU